AUGCCCAUCACAGGAUUGGAGCCAUACACUGAAAAUUGUACCAAAGAGACAGUAAGAUCUUCCCCACUGCCAGUACAGCCAACAUCUACCAUAUCAGAACCAGAACAGGCUGUGAGUCCACCCAUUCAAGACUCUGAAUCAUCAUUGCUUGCAGACAACAAGACCACGGCCUCACAGACCCAGACCACAGCAUUAUCCACUUACUCCAUUCCUGAUCUGCAUCAUACAAAUGAAUUUGGAAGUAUUCCCUCCUGUAAUCGAUCUGGAUGCAUCCCUCCAACUCAGAGCCUUCCACAUGGAUAUCAGGCACCACACUUUAUGCCUUGUCUCCUUGGAGCUCCCAUGCCCUAUUCUUUUCAUCAUCCCUAUUUUAUGCACAGACCUCAAUUUAUGCCUUCCAGGUAAGAUGUUUUUGUUGCUUACAAUGCUACCUUUACAUUUUGAUGUGUACAAGUGCAGAUAGACGGUAUAUUAUUUAGCAGCAGCAUUACUAACAGAAAUAUGGGCAUGCAAAGAGAUCUGAGUGAUUUUGACUAGGGCCAAAUAGUGAUGGCUACAUAAAUGGGUCAGUGCAUCUCUAAAAUGACAUGUCUUGUGUGGUGUCCCCACUGUGUAGUGGCUAGUACCUAUUAAAACCCUAGAAAGGAGUCAAGACACAGAGUGCAUCUCAGUUUGCUGCAUAUGGAGCUGUGUAGCUGCAGACCGGUCUGAGUGACCCUGUCCCUUGCUGAAAGCACUUUUAAUGGGGACAUGAGUGUCCAAACUGGACCAUAGAACAAUGGAAGAAGGUUGCCAGAUGAUGAAUCACAUUUUCUUUAGAUCAGAUGGAUGGCCGAUUGUGUGUGCGUCGUUUACCUGGGGAAGAGAGGGCAGCAGGAUACACUUUGGGAAGAAGGAAGGCUUGCAGAGGCAGUGUUAUUCUCUGGGCAAUGUUCUGCUGGGAAACCUUGGGUCCUGGCAUUCAUGUGGAUAUUACUUUGACAAGUACCCCCUACCUAGAAAUUGUUACAGACCACAGUCUUUUAUGGCCAUAGUGUCCCUGACGCCAGAGACCUCUUUCAACAUGAUAAGGCAUCAUGCCACACUGCAAAAAAAAAAAAUAGGAAUGAUUUCAGGAACAUAACAAAUAAUUCAAGGUGUUGCCUUAGCCUACAAAAUUCCCAGAUCUCCAUCUGAUUGAGCAUCUGUGGGAUGUGCAGGAACAAUAAAUCCGAUCCAUGGAGGCCACAUGUAGCAACUUGCAGGGAUUAAAGGAUCUUCAUCUAAUCUCCUGGUGCCAGAUACCACAGGGCAUGUUCAGACGUCUUGCAGAGUCCAUCCCUCGAUGCAUCAGAGUUGUUUUGGUAGCCUAGGCAGACCUACAUGAUAUUAGGCAGGUGGUUUUAUUGUUGUGGCUGAUCAGUUUGUACUUUAUUGCUUGAAUCCAUAUUUUGUGUUGAAAAAUGCACAGCUGAACAGCAGUAAUCAAGUGUUGGUAACUGAUAAGCAUAUGCCUUUCAAUAUCCAAUCAGAAAUCCUUAUGGUAAAAUCUGCCAUCAUCAAGUUUUAUAAUUUCUCACAAAUGACUUUAGUGAUAGUUGUGGGGAAGAGGUUUCUUCUCUCGCAUCAUAAGAUAAGUUGCAUCAAAAGAGUUCGUCAUCUUUGGGUGUUUUUGUAAAAAAAAGAGCAGUCCCCCACCCACCAAAAAAAAGUGACAAAGCCAUUUCAGUUAAUUCAAAUACUUUUAAGACAACUUAUACAGAGUUUUAUCUAAAACAUACUUUUACAAAAUAACCAUUUUUUAAUGGUUUUAUUUUCAAGUAGAAAAACAACACAUUCAGAUUACUAAUGAAACAAAAUAUUUUUUUCACACUGGAAACAUGGAAGGGUAAGAAUAUUAGCAGUAAGCAAAGCGAAAGAGGAAAUGUGUAGAGAUGUAGAUAUAUAUGUAAAAAAGAAAGGGGCAAACCCCCAGUGGGACCCACCCAUCGCUUUCUCUCAACUCAGAUGCUCUAUUUGAAACUCCCACCCACAGUUUAAAUUACACAAUCUCUGUGUAGAAAAGUUAUCUUUUUAUUGUGCAUUAAAGGACCACUAUAGUACCAGAAAAGCAAACUCGUUUUCCUGGCACUAUAGUGUCAAUAGGUCCCCCCCACCCUCAUGGCCCCCCUCCCGUCGGGCUCUAGGGGGAGGAAGGGGUUAAACACUUACCUUUCUCCAGCGCCGGGCUCCCUCGGCACUGGGGACUCUCAUCCUCCUUCGGUCGUCAUCGGCUGAAUGCGCAUGCACGGCAAGAGCCGCACACGCAUUCAGUCAGUCCAUUGGAAAGCAUUCUCAAUGCUUUCCUAUGGACGCUGGCGUCUUCUCACUGUGAAAAUCACAGUGAGAAGCGUGAAAGCGCCUCUAGCGGCUGUCAAUGAGACAGCCACUAGAGGCUGGAUUAACCCAUAUGUAAACAUAGCAGUUUCUCUGAAACUGCUAUGUUUACAGCUGCAGGGUUAACCCUAGAUGGACCUGGCACCCAGACCACUUCAUUGAGCUGAAGUAGUCUGGGUGCCUAUAGUGGUCCUUUAACUGAGAGUGGCAACAGUUAGUCCUAAAUGUAGAUCUCUCUUACGUUUAGGCUCAAAUGUUGCCAUUCUUCUGUUAAGGCACAAUAAUAAGAGGUAACUUUUCUUGGAGAUUAUACAGCUCACUUUUCUUUUGAACCAGCAGAAUAGUUCAUAAAUUGCAACCUUCAUUUUUUCAUCUAUAUAUGAGAUAUACCUUUAAGAAGUACCUGACAUACAUUUAUUUGAAGUAAAUCAUCCUAAAGUUGUCAGGAUGUCUUGUGUAUUAAAACCAUCAAGCCAAGGUGACCACAUUUUCAAGUAAUGUUCUGACUCUCGGGUCCAUUUAUUAAGUUACAUCAAUCUUGUUUGCUUUUUUUGUUUAGCUUGCAGUGCCGUUAUGCUAAACAAGCUUGUAACAAUCAGUAUUGUUGUUUCAUCCCACACAGCACCUGCCCAUUCAUUCUUCCUCCUUUUCCACUCGGGGUUUUUUAUCCCACAUUGCAAGAGGGCAUGAAUUAUGAUGAUCAUUGCCAAAAACAGGAAGCCCUUUUCUCUGGUUGUGAUGGACUUUGCCCUGUGCCCGGACGCAGUGAUGAGUGUGGACAAAGCAUGGCUUCAUAUGACUGCAAUCAAAUGGAAUAUGACUCUCCAUACCAUGAAUCAGAUGAAUAUCUUCCUGUAAUUCAACAAGUGGAUCCAGAAGACAUUCAAAGUGUAUUUUCACCUUCAACCUCACAACUAUCCCUCAUUGAACAGGUCAAUGUAACUGAUGUUGAUGAUGAGGAAGUAAUUAAAAUUUUUGGAAAUUUAUAG